UGUGCAAACAUAUCCACUUCACACAUAUAACCCCCAAAACCUCUAUAUAUACCACUCUAUUUCUACAUUGCUUCAAACACCUCAUUUUCUCCUCUCUUUCAUUCAAUUUGUGCACUCAAAGAAAUGGCUACCAAAUUCAUCUUCCUUCUGUAUCUAAUCUUUGCUGCCACCAUUCUAGCACAGAAGCAGGCCUCUAGCACCAAGCUACCAGCUUCCCAAGUGCAUCCACAGGGGAACUUCCAAUAUGGUCAAAGUGAAGGGAGCCUCCGCCCUCAAGAGUGCGCGCCAAGAUGCACCAACAGAUGCUCAAAGACCGCAUUCAAGAAGCCAUGCAUGUUCUUCUGCCAGAAAUGCUGCGCCAAGUGCUUGUGCGUGCCCCCCGGCACCUACGGGAACAAGCAAGUAUGCCCCUGCUACAACAACUGGAAGACCAAAAGGGGUGGCCCCAAAUGCCCAUGACUUACUUAUGUUGUGAGUUUCUUGUUAGUUUCUCACGCAACUUUGUCAUAACAUAUUACUAAGCUACUUAUGUUAUUUGAUUGGUCUAUGUAUAUGUAUACUGCCCCAUAUUCAGCAGUAAUGUAACGUGGCAGAGGAGAACUAUAUAUUAGCAGUUUCUGCUAAUAUAAGAAAAAGUAGUGUUGCUUUCUCUUAUUAUC